AUGGGGAACCCCAACUGUCCACAAAAAAGAAGGUUCUUCGUGCUUUUGGACACUCCUUUCUGUGUCUUUUCCUUUGACUGUCCCUCCUUUGACCAGAACCGGCCAGGCGAGUGGCUUCUUAUAAGUCUGAAUGACGACUCAGAGCAGGAUGGUCAGCUCUGGGCUGGGAAAUCCCUGGAGGUUGGGGCGGAGCUCAGAAAGGAGGGAGGGGAGGCACCUCCACGGGGGUCGAACACUGCAGAGUCCACGCUUCAAAAUGGACACUGCCUGGAUCUGGGCCGCAGUGUGAUCUGCAAAUGCCGCCCCGGUUUUGCCGGCUCCCGCUGUGAAUUGAACAUAGACGAUUGUGCCAGCAACCCGUGUGCCAACGGAGGCACCUGCGUCGACGGCCCCAACAGCUACACCUGCUCCUGUACCCUGGGCUACGGUGGAAAGGACUGCAGCGCCCGUGUGGAUGCUUGUGGCUCCAGCCCUUGCCUGAACAGCGGCACCUGCUACACCCACUUUUCGGGCCACGUCUGUGAGUGCCUGGCCGGCUACAUGGGCUCCAGUUGUGAGUUCAAGGUCCAACUUCCCACCCCGGUUAGUAGCCAGAGGGUGGCCGAGGGUCCUUUCCCUACUGCCUUGGCAGUCUCCUUUGCCCUGGGGCUCAUGACGUUGGUGCUCGCGGCAUGCGCCGCCGUGGCCGUGUUCCGGCACUUGAGGCAGGGUCGCAAGGCCGUGAAGAGCAGCGUCCGGAAUGACCUGGCGACCAUCAACAACUUCAAGGAGAGGGACGGCUUCCUUAUCUCCCCCGGGCGGUUCAAGGUGUCCAACAAAGAUGGCCGAUUCAACGGUGACCAGUUUAACUGCAAGAGGAAGCUGCUGGAUCCGGGCCGUGAGUCCAUCUGCAAGAAGAAGCUGGAGAACAAAAAAUCUGAGUCAAUCCGAUCAAUAACCCCUGCUGGCUAUCCCAAAGAAGGUGCCUACCUCCCCAUCUACAUCAUCCCGGACCAGAUGGAGCAGUGCAUUUAUGCAACUGAGACUCAUCCAUUGCAUGAAGCUGCUCUACCGUGGCUCUUGAGGCUCCACAACUUAGCCUGGAGCAGGCCUUUCUGAGCCUGCCGCCACCGGCAACUUUGGAAUUCUGAACCGUCGGAGACCUGAAUGGCUGUGCCGAAUUUUCGAGGAUUGCUUAGAAGCAGCCAAGACCACAGCUGAAGGGUCUCACUUUCAGUCAUGCAGGAAAGCUGUGUAUGUGAUAAAAUGCUUUGAAUGAUAUAUUCAGAGGUGGGAUCCAGCCGGUUCUCACAGGUUCCCGAGAGUAGGUAACUAAUUAUUUGUGUGUGCCGAGAGGGGGUUACU